AUGCACUGACGGAUAAGAAAUGCAAAGAACUCCAUGAAAGAUGAAUAUCUGCUUAUAGGAUUCUCACAUUGGAUUAUGAUCAUUAAUUUCCUCAGCAAAAUAUCUGAAGCCAAUUUUAACCCAAAAUUCUCGGUAGCUGCUCAGCAAAUAAUUCUGAUCAUUUAUAUUGAAAUGAAAGCAUCUAGUUAUAACGAAAUUCUUCCGGGGAUUUAUUUAGGAGACUAUAAAGCUGCAAAGCACUUAGAAACUUUAGAAGGCUUAGGCAUUACACAUAUUGUGAUUGCAGCAUCUGAUUUGGACCCUUGGUAUCAAAAUAUCAUCAAUUAUAAACAAUUCCCACAGAUGGAUUCUGGAGAAGCUUUAACUGGCAUUUUCAGGCAGUCAAAUCAAUUUAUAAAAGAAGCUGUCCAAAGCAACGGAAAAGUUCUUAUACACUGGUAGUUUAUAUAUAGCCAGAUGGGUGUAUACAUCUUUUUAUUAAAUAGUGCGAUAAGACGCACUUUUUGAGCGGACCAAUACGUUUCUGGCCAGAGAAAUUUCAGUUUUUACUUUUUUAGAGAAAAAACAGAAAUAUAAAUGAUAGGAUGAUUGCUGCUGCUAAGAUAAAAUUGCUAAAACAUGUUGACGUUAAAUACGUUUAAGAAGCAUUAAAAAUAGCUUAUUAGUGCUAGAGAAAAUUCAGGCAGAAAAUAUCCAAUGUGCUAAAAAAGGGCAUAAAGGCUGCCCUUGUCAUAGGAUCCCACUGCCUGGAAUAAAAACACCAGAUUUUUAAAAAUACCUGGGAAGUGGUAGAACUUGAAUUUCUCACAGACAUUUUUUAUGUCAAAUUUUUUGGCUCGUCAAAAUCGAUUUGGCGAGCUGAUUCUGGCCAGUAAGCAAAAUAAAAAAGAUGCAUGAUAAUGGACAAUUCUAACAUCAUUUUGAUUUAUAAUAAUCUUACUAGAAAUGGAAAGUGAUGACAUCAUUUAUGUUUUCAAUCGGCGCUGAUCACUCCUGACUACCAACACGACUACAGCAUUCAUCACAUGCAAAUUUUUCCUUUAAACUUAAUUUCAAAUGGAUCUUUAGGUCUUUACUCAAAAAAAAUCAAUUGGCACAGAAGUCAUAAAUAAUUAGUAGUUAAGUGUCUUUAGCAGAUAAAACAUCUGCAGCAUAGAACUUCAAUAACUUUUUUUAUAUGUACAAUCUCAGUGAGAUAUUUGAGAAGUAAGUGCAUGUUAUUGAGCCAAAUCUAAUUGGAUAGCACUUCAGUUGCGGGAGUUAAUUUUGAUCACCUACAAGAAUAAUUUUUUUGGGUUGAAAAUAAAGGGCAUUAAACUUGAUAAAGCUGUGCACUGGCAAGCUUCAUUAACAAUACCAAUUUUAAUUUCUCCAAUUGACCUCAACAUAGUUUAUGAUCCACAUCUUUUGCAUAAUGAUUCACCUUUAGCCUGAAGGGUCUUUCUUUGAGUGUAAGAAUCUUUAGAUCAUUUUUUCCAAUCAUUCUUUUAAAAAACUGUUUGGUAUCUGAAUUUUUUCAUUUUUUUGGUUUUGCCUGAUGAAUCUGAUCCAGGAAACUUUUCAACUGAGCUGACUCCUUCUUUAAAUAGCACACAAUAUUCUAAGAACCAUGGAGGAAAGUAUUUGUUGUAUCAAUCAUGAAUGUAAUGCUUAUAAAUUUUAUUGAACCCGUUAAUAAUUAUUCAACAAUUCUGCUUGUCUUCACAAGGUCUCAUCGUCAUAUUUCUAAAUUUAGCGAAAUCAGAGUUGCAAGAGCAUAUGUAAUUUUUAUUAUCUCCAAUAAAAACAAAGCAAAUUUCAAUAAUAACUUUGUUUUUCAUUCUUCCAAAGGCAAGCAAAAGUUUUAUGCACUUUAGUGUCUAAUGACAAUCCUUUUUUUCUAAUUCAUUUAUUGGUGAACAUAUGCAAAAGCGGCCGACCCCUUGCAUGCAAAUUAUUUUGACUUAUGGAGAUGGCUUAAGCUCUAGAAUAUCUCUCCAAGAUUGAACUUAUAAUUAAAGAUUGGACAACCUUGUCAAAAUUGUCAAAAUAGUUGAAGUGGCAUUAGCAUCUAAAAAUCAGAUAACAUAGAAUUCAAGAUCUUUUUGUUAUAAGUUCAAUUGCAGAGAGAUAUUCUUGACUUUAAACAAUCUCCAUAAGCAAAAUUAAUUAGCAUGCAAGGGGUCGACCGCUUUUGCAUAAUUCAUAGAAAUAGAGAUCAAAAGAAAUUAAUAAAGCCGAUAAGAGAAAUUGCUAUUAGCAGCUAAAGCGCCAGAAAUGCAGAUGAAUAAAUUUUUUGACACAAAAAAACGCUUAUCAGUCGCUUUUAUCGUUACCAAAUUCGCAUGAGCUUUCACAGUAAUUAGGAAAUUUCAUUUUCUGAAAAAUCACAAUUUUUCCAUUAUCUUCUCUUUGUUUUUUUUUGGCAUGGCUUGGAAAAUUCAUUAUGAAAAUUUUGCAAAUAGGUACUGCUGAAAGAUUCUCUUCUUAGGAAAUAAAAAUGACUCUAGUUGUACAAUUCUUGCAUAAUUUAUUGAAUCUGAAGGAAUUAUUGCUUGAAUUUCUUAAACGCUUGUUUGAAAUACUCGUAUAGAUCGUUGAUUUAAGUUCUCCUGCGAUUCUAGCUCUCAAAUUUGAUGAUAGGUAUUGUAAGCGGGUAAAGAUAAGUUUAAAGGAAAAAUUUGCAUGUGAUGAAUGCUGUAGUCGUGUUGGUAGUCAGGAGUGAUCAGCGCCGAUUGAAAAACAUAAAUGAUGUCAUCACUUUCCAUUUCUAAUAAGAUUAUUAUAAAUCAAAAUGAUAUUAGAAUUGUCCAUUAUCAUGCAUCUUUUUUAUUUUGCUUACUGGCCAGAAUCGGCUCGCCAAAUCGAUUUUGACGAGCCAAAAAAUUUGACAUAAAAAAUGUCUGUGAGAAAUUCAAGUUCUACCACUUCCCAGGUAUUUUUAAAAUCUGGGUGUUUUUAUUCCAGGCAGUGGGAUCCUAUGACAAGGGCAGCCUUUAUGCCCUUUUUUAGCACAUUUGGAUAUUUUCUGCCUGAAUUUUCUCUAGCACUAAUAAGCUAUUUUUAAUGCUUCUUAAACGUAUUUAACGUCAACAUGUUUUAGCAAUUUUAUCUUAGCAGCAGCAAUCAUCCUAUCAUUUAUAUUUCUGUUUUUUCUCUAAAAAAGUAAAAACUGAAAUUUCUCUGGCCAGAAACGUAUUGGUCCGCUCAAAAAAGUGCGUCUUAUCGCACUAUUUAUUUAAAAAAAAGAUGUAUAGCACGAAGCGCAACUCUAAUGAUUGCAUAUGUAAUGCAAGAAAUGAGCUUAGAUAUGAACAGAGCAAUUGAGUUUGUUGGAAGAAUUCGACGCUGCAUUAAUCCGAAUCCAUUUCAUAUAUUUCAAUUGAGAAAAUUUGAGAAUGAACUUGUAAGACCUAAUUAGUUUGGCACACUAAUGCCUUAUUUUUGUAAAUUUUGCUGUAUCGAGCUGUUUUCUUGUGACGAUAUACUGCAUCCAGAAUGCAACAACCAAGAAAAUCAAACUAUUGUUAUCAAGCAAAAGGAAUGAAUGCCUGAUGAUUUCAGUGAAGCUACUGAAAUUAGUUGUCCUGAUUGUGGCACAGAUGUUGGCGAACCUUUGACUUCUGGGUACAAUUGCAGCUGUGGGCAGUAUUUUGAUACUGCGGCUGCAAUUAAUAAAGAAUUAUUAACAAAUUAA